AUGUUGGUGGUACUACGUUGUUUUUCCUUUGCAACUUGUCCUUCAAAUCUGGAACAAGCCACGGUUGGUCAGGCGAGAGCUGUCCCGGAGCAGUGGCCCAGCAUCCACCAGCGUGGUAUCAUUGCUGUGGCGCUGUCCUCUUGCGCAGUGCUGCUGGCAAUUGGGCCCGCGGCAUACUGCUGGUUGAAUCAGGGCAGGGCAGAGCUCGCUGAUACGUACCGAGGGACUGCCCACCCUUUGAGUAGUGAGACGGACUGCUGCCACAGCAAAGAGCAGGCCUCCCCAAGCCAUCAUCAUCGCCCAGCACUUUAUUUGGGACGUGACUAUGUCAAUGAGGUAGCUUCUGGUGGCAUAAACGGCUUGCUGAUGAUGGUGGCAACUGUAGUCUCUGGCAUCGGGAUCGAUAUGCCUGGUCAGCAAAUCCUGGCUCUCGGUGCUGCAAGCCUCGUCUCCUAUGCCUUCUCGAUGGGCUUUGGCGCUUUUGUGGUGGAGGAGGCCAAGGAGGGCUUUGCCAACAGCCAGCUCCAGGAGGAGUACGAAGAGGUUCGGAGCAUGCCGCAAUCGGAGGUCGACGAGAUGAUUUGCCACUACAGGAAGCGCGGACUCUCAGACCAGGAUGCGCGUGCUGUGGCUCAAAUUCUCUCGCAAUACGAGGACUUUUGGGUUCAUCACAUGAUGGCCGAAGAGCUCGGAAUUCAACUUCCCAGAGGCGGCGCGGCGGCCAUGCACUCCGGCCUUGUCAUGCCCUCACACAGCCUGCGGGCACUCAGCUUUGAAGGGUCAAAGCUCCAUCCAAUAUCAUCCAAUCCAAUUUUCCAUCACUCAUUGCAGAUUCAACUUGAGGAUUGCAUGAUAGGCCUUCGGCCGAGUACACCUUGA